AUGGAUCACAGAGUGCUGAUUGUGUUUCUGUUGCUCUGGAGCUCAGCCCACCGCAUGAAAGAGCCGUCCUCCACCCCACACAGCUGUUCACAGGACCAGGAGGGGCCGAGCACGACCAUGGCCCCUUUGUCUUAUAGUAGUCAGUCUCGUCGGUGCGUGGAAGCCUCUGGGACGUACGGCUUUACAAUGAGAAAGGAGUCCAGGAUAAUUCGGUGGAUCAGGUGGAUUGUGAUUGUGACGGCUUUGUUGUUGCUGGGCUUCAUCAUAGGCUGGUGCGCAAAGCCAACACAUCCUAACACUGCAAACAAAAGUACUUCCAGCCAAUAUCUGAAGGAGUUACUGGAGGGAAUGCAGCCAGACCAGAUCAAACAGCACCUCAGGAAAUUUACACGUCUCCCCCACCUGGCUGGUACAGAGCAAAAUCUGAGAUAUGCAGAGCAGAUCAUGAAAGAGUGGCUGGAGUUUGGACUGGACACAGUGGAGAUGGUGCCCUAUGACGUGCUGUUGUCCUACCCCAACAAAUCACAGCCGAAUUACAUCUCGAUAGUUGAUCAGUUUGGCAGUGAGGUUUUUAAUACUUCCUUGGCUGAGCCAGUUCCAGAGGGUUAUGAAGAUGUUUCUGACAUUGUGCCUCCAUACAGUGCCUUCUCUGCUAAAGGACAACCUGAGGGGGAUUUGGUGUAUGUGAACUAUGGUCGAACAGAAGACUUUUCCCAGUUAGAGAAGGAGAUGGGCAUCAAUGUUACUGGGAAUAUUGUCAUAGUCAGAUAUGGAAAAAUAUUCAGAGGCAAUAAGGUGAAAAAUGCCAUGUUAGCCGGAGCAAAGGGGAUAAUCAUGUUCUCAGACCCAGCAGAUUACUGUGCUGCUGGAGUCCAGUCCUACCCUGAUGGCUGGAACCUACCCGGCGGAGGAGCUCAGAGAGGCAAUGUUCUCAACCUGAAUGGAGCAGGAGACCCGCUCACACCCGGGUACCCCGCUAAGGAAUAUACCUACAGAUUAGGCCUUGAGGACGGAGUGGGUCUUCCCAAGAUUCCUGUACAUCCAAUUGGCUACGAUGAUGCAAUUCACCUGCUAAAGAACAUGGGAGGACAGAUUCCACCCAACUACUGGAAAGGAACUCUUGAUGUCUCCUACAGGAUUGGUCCAGGCUUUACGGAUGACUUCAAGAGCCAGAAGGUGCGUAUGAACAUCCACACAAACAACCAGGUAACCAGAAUCUACAACGUCAUUGGCCGGAUUAGAGGAGCUCUAGAGCCAGACAGGUAUGUGAUUCUGGGAGGGCAUCGGGAUGCCUGGGUGUUUGGAGGGAUUGAUCCCAUGUCUGGUGCUGCCGUGGUCCACGAAACAGUCAGGAGCUUCGGCUUGCUGCUCAGUAAAGGCUGGAGGCCUAGGAGGACUUUAGUAUUCGCCAGCUGGGAUGCAGAAGAGUUUGGACUGCAGGGAUCUACAGAAUGGGCCGAGGACAAUGCCAAGCUGCUGCAGGAGAGAGCUGUGGCCUACAUUAAUGCCGACUCUGCCAUUGAGGGCAUGUACACACUGAGGGUUGACUGCACUCCGUCUCUACACACUUUGGUGUACGACCUCACUAAGCAGAUAGGCAGUCCAGAAGAAGGAGAGGAGGGAGUUUCUCUGUAUGAGAGUUGGCAUAAGAGGGACAACUGGACGAAUGACCGUGAUGCACCCAGGAUCAGUAAACUCGGGUCAGGCAGUGAUUUUGAGGCCUACUUCAUCCGUCUGGGAAUUGCUGCAGCCAGAGCCAGAUACACCAAGAACAAAAAAACAGAGUGGUACAGCAGUUAUCCAGUCUAUCACAGUGUGUAUGAAACCUUUGAGAUAGUGGAGAAGUUUUACGACCCCACCUUCAAGAGGCUUCGGGCGGUCGCCCAGGUCAGAGGAGGGCUUGUCUUCCAAUUGGCCGAUUCCCAGCUUCUCCCUCUUGACGUCAACCAGUAUGCAGACUCACUGGGGAAGUACGCACAGAGCAUCGCACAGCUGGCUCAGAGGCACCCGGAGGAGAUGAAGAUGUAUGAGGUGUCGUUUGAUUCCUUGUUUUCUGCUGUGGAAAACAUCAGUAUUGCAGCCAGGGACUUCCAUGAGCGCCUGCAGACUCUCAACAGAGCAGAUCCUCUGCAGGUACGCAUCAUGAAUGAUCAGCUCAUGUAUCUGGAGAGAGCCUUCAUAGACCCUCUGGGCUUACCUGGCAGACCCUUCUACAGGCACGUGAUCUUUGCUCCCAGCAGCCAUAAUAAAUAUGCAGGGGAGUCUUUUCCUGGGAUCUAUGACGCAUUGUUUGACAUCAAGAACUCAGCUGAUCCAGAGAAGGCCUGGGAGGAAGUCAAGCGUCAAAUUAGCAUCGCAGCAUUCACCGUCCAUGCUGCUGCCAUGACACUUACACCACCUGCAUGAAGCAGGCACAAACCGUCUGAAGCCAUGUGAUUGAGCCAUCUAUUGAUAAUUAUGUUAAAACGCCAGAAUGUGACAAGAGGGAAUACACUGCCUGCAAUGCACACACACACACACACACACACA